AUGGAUAAGCGCCAUGACAGGAGUAAGCAAAUGGUCACAUUGUUUGUGUUUUUCUUUUGCUGCAGUCCAGUUACAGUUUUUGCCGCCAAUGAAUAUUGCCAUGACGUCGGCAAUGACGGGGAACCCGUCUUCAUCAGCCCCCCUGGUUCCGGAGCCACAGUGUCUGUCAGAGAAGACGCUCCCCCGGGGUUUCUGGUGUACCCGUUGAGCGCCACAGACACGGAGUAUUACGAACUUGAUACAGUCAUUCCUGAGUUUGGACUCAGUGGAAACCAGAUUCUAGUUACCGGAAAUCUGGAUUAUGAAACAACAAAAACGUACACUUUAUAUAUUAGCGCAUACGAAUGUGUGUAUGCUUAUCCAGUGAAGAAUAAUAUCACUAUCAACAUUGAGCCUGUUAACGAAUUCUUCCCAAGAUUCACCAGGGAGGUUCUGUAUAAGGAUAUCAACGAAAACGAGGUACAAGAUCAUGAUGUGACCGAUCUUACUGAUCUCGUCUGUUCUGAUCGGGAUCAAGGUCCCAACCCGGGGUGUUCUCUAUCCAUUCAAAAUGGCGACGAUCCCAUCCAAAAGUUUAAACUCUCCGGAAACCGGAUCCAGACAACAAACACUGCAGUUGACUAUGAGUUGUUGUCGGGACAGAAUUUUUUAUAUUCACUCACUGUGAUCGGCGUGGAUAAUCCUAAAACAAAUCCCAGUAAGACCGGAACAGCCAGAGUAUUUGUAGACAUCAACCCAAUAAAUGAUAACGGUCCGAAAUUCCUCGCUCCUAGUUAUAAUGCACAGAUACCGGAGAGUGCCGUACCGGGUACGCGGGUUUUAAACACCUCCGCUGACGACAUCGAUCUCGGUCUUCACGGGACCCUGACAUUUACCAUUAGAGCUGGAAAUGAGGAAAACAGGUUUUACAUCAACCCCAAAUCAGGUGAAAUUUUAAUACUUGCCCCCCUUGAUUUUGAAUCUAAAUCAGCUUACGAACUCACGAUCAGAGUCACUGAUGGAGGUGGACGAUAUGACCAAGUUAAGGCCAAUAUUGCCGUCAUUAACGUUAAUGACAUCCCUCCUGAGUGUUCAGCCAAUCAGAAUGUCGUUGAAGUAGACGAAAUCAUUACCACCGGAAAAAUU